AUGCCCACCAUAUCCGUGGACAAGUACAAGCUCUUUGAGGCCCUUGGCAAGAAGUUUACCAAGGAGGAGUUCGAAGACCUCUGCUUCGACUAUGGCAUCGAGCUCGACGAAGAUACCGAGGACCAGGAGCGUCCAAUUGUCGAUGGCAAGCAGGAACCCCCUCAGCUGAAAAUCGAAAUCGGAGCCAACCGCUAUGACAUGCUCUGCUUCGAGGGCAUCGCCCUCAACCUCAACAUCUUCCUUGGUCGCAUAAAGCCUCCCAACUUCCGCGUCGUCGAACCCAAGGACGCCAACGCCCAAGUUAUCAAGGUCCUGCCCGACACCACAAAGGUCCGCCCUUACGUCUCUGGUGCCGUCUUGCGCAAUAUCAAGUUCACUGCCGACCGCUACGAAUCCUUCAUUGCCCUGCAGGACAAGCUGCACCAAAACCUGGCCCGAAACCGAACCUUGGUGUCCAUGGGAACACACGAUCUGGACACCAUCCAGGGCCCCUUCACCUACGAGGCUCUGCCUCCCAGGGACAUCAAGUUUAUUCCCUUGAAUCAGACCAAGGAAAUGAACGCUGAAGAGCUCAUGACCUUCUACGAAACCGACAAGCACCUUGGCCGCUACCUGCAUAUCAUCCGCGACGCCCCCGUAUACCCCGUCAUUUACGACGCCAACCGAAUUGUUUGUUCAUUGCCCCCCAUCAUCAACGGCGAGCACUCCAAGAUCACCCUCAACACCACCAACGUCUUCAUCGAGAUCACCGCCACCGACAUGACCAAGCUGCAAAUCGUUCUCGACAUGCUGGUAACCAUGUUCUCCGGCUACGUCCAAGAGCCUUUCACUGUCGAGCCCGUCAAGAUCAUUUCAGAGCACAACGGUUUGACCCGUGUCACACCGUCACUGAAGCCCAGAGUCACCCAUGCCGAGGUUGACUACCUCAAUAGUUGUACUGGCUUGAGCGAGACACCCGAGGGUCUUUGCAAGCUUCUCACCAAGAUGGCCUACGACUCAAAGCCCUCAGAUAAGGACCCCAACUUGCUCCAAGUCUCCAUCCCUCCCACCCGUGCCGAUGUCCUGCACCAAUGCGAUAUCAUGGAGGAUCUGGCGGUCUGUUAUGGCUUCAACAAGCUGCCUCGCACUGCCCCGACACGAAGUGCCACCAUUGGUGCCCCGCUCAUGAUCAACAAGCUGGCCGACAUUGUCCGAUUCGAAGCCGCCAUGGCUGGCUGGAGCGAAGUCUUGCCCCUCAUUCUCUGCAGCCACGAUGAGAACUUUGCCUGGUUGAACCGCAAGGACGACGGCAAGACUGCCGUGCGUCUGGCAAACCCCAAGACGCUGGAAUACCAAAUCGUCCGCACCUCCCUGCUGCCCGGCCUCCUCAAGACCAUCCGCGAGAACAAGGGCCACAGCGUUCCCUUUAAGAUCUUCGAAGUCUCAGACGUCGCCUUCAAGGACGAAUCUGCUGAGCGCAAGGCUCGCAACGAGCGCCACUUUGCCGCUGCGUGGUGCGGCAAAUCAAGUGGUUUCGAAGUCGUACACGGCCUGCUCGACCGUAUCCUGUCCAUGCUCAGGACCGCCUUCCUCACCCACGACGAAGGCCUUACCGCCAAAGAAAGCGUCGACUACCAGGUCAAGCAGAAUCCCUGCAAGGCCGAUGGCUACUGGAUCGAGGAGCUCAAGGAGGACACUUUCUUCCCGGGCCACGCUGCCGCGGUGCAUCUCCGCUUGGGUGGCAAGAACCGACGCAUUGGCGAGUUUGGCAUCAUUCACCCUACAGUGUUGGAGAAGUUUGACUUGAGAUAUCCCGUCAGCACGCUCGAGAUUAACCUCGAAGUCUUCUUAUGA